AGUCUGAAACGUUGUGCAUCUCCUCCUCCCCAUUACCGAGAUGUAAAAAGCGUUUCUGUCUCUGUCUCACCCAAUCCACCACCACACAGACAGCCUCAGUUUGACCAAGCUUAGAUUGGUUAAAACCAAACACCCAACACUACCCAAACUGCAAACCCCCCCAGUUCCCUGUUCCUUCUUCAUCUCUAGGGUUUUGUCGAAUCAAAACCCAUGGCGGGGUUCGACGCCUCCGAAUCCCAGCAGCAACAAACCCAUCUCUUCACCGUCGGUUCCGAAGUGGAGGUUCGUAGCGACGAGGAAGGCUUCAAAGGAGCUUGGUUCAGAGCCACCAUUGUCCACAGCCCGCCUCCCAGCUCAGCCGCCGCGAAGAAGAAGAAGAAGGCUCUGGUCGAGUACAAGACGUUGGUCACUGAAGACGGGUCUCAGCCACUCAAAGAACACGUCGAGUUUGGUUACAUAAGACCUCUGCCGCCCCACGUGGCCGACCAAGAUCUCGAAGUGGGUCACUUGGUCGACGCCGAUUAUAGAGACGGGUGGUGGACUGGAGUUGUUCACACAGUUAUUAACAAGAACUCGAGGUAUAGUAUCUUCUUCGAGAACCCGCCGGACGUUCUGGAAUUCGACAGGGACCGGCUGCGGCUCCACCAGGAUUGGGUUGAAGGCAUUUGGUUCCGGUCCAACAAGCAGGAGAUACUCGGUGCUUCAGAUUCUCAACAACAGGAAGAGCAUCUGCUGCCUGUCCAAAAUGACUCCAACUAUCCUGAGCUGGCUGCACAGCCGAAAACCACAGGUUCUGCAGGGGAUAUCCCUGAAUCAAUUAAUUCAAGGAAAAAUCUUGUGGAGCAGCCUAGUUAUACCCAAAACAUUAAGGAUGUAGUGCCUAAUGGUAGUGCUACAGAUUCACGUCCUUUAAAAAAGUUAAAGGAUGACAAAGUGUCAGAGGCUACAUUGUCUGUUACACCACGGCAAUUGAGGAAAACUACAAAUGAUAAAGAAAUGCUAUCUGAGGUAGCCACUGAGAGCAGGGAAAACAGUGGAACCAGAGGAUCCAGACGAGUAAGAAAACCGGCUCUUAGUCAUCAGCUUUUUGAAAUAGAGAGCUUGCAUGGUGAAAAGAAAGUUAAGACAAAGCGAGAGAAAGGUGGUGAGCUAGAUAACCACGGAAUUCAUAAUGUCAAAAGUAAAGGAAGGCACUCAAAAGCCCAAGCUGGAACUAGCCAGGAUAAGGUUGUGUGCGCGCUUCCUAGUCAAGAGAGACUUAAAGAAAAAGGUAAGGAAGGGUAUGGAGUUAUUGGUUCUACUGGAAAUGUAGAUCAAAAGGAGGGCACGAGUAAAGAAGCUGAAUUGCCUCUCGCUAUUGGGUUAAAAAUCAAUGGAAAGGAGGAUUCAUCAGCUGAAUAUCCAUAUCAGAUUCGCAACGAAGAGCUGCUGAAGCUCAUGAUAGAUCCGAAGAAGAAUGCAAAUGCUCCAUCACAGGAAAUGAGCACGGUUACUUCAGCUGAACAUGGCGGUAAUUCAGUUUUGGAUAACCUUCUUCGUAGCCUGGUUCUUUUUCCAUACAUGGAUGUGAAGCAGCAAUCAACUGAUGUAAGCAGCAACAAAAGAAAGAGGGGCAGACCUAAAAAGUUGGUGAUCAUAAGUUCACAAGCCCUACAGGAAGUUAGGGAAAAUGGAUCAAAUGUUGCUGACAAAAUUGCUGCAGAAGAUCAGCGACUUGAUGAAGUUGCUUUGCAUGUGCGCAGGGGUCGGGUCGCUUCAGAUUCGCAAGAUUCAUCUAGGCGAAAUACAGCUGAUGUUCCUGGAACAAGCCAAGCUGCUAGGACCCGUGUUCAAGCAUCAGACCUCUCUCCAGAUGAUGACCAACCUCUCGCCUCAUGGGUUGGAGGAGUGCAGGGCCCAGCAAACACAGACGAACUAAGUAAGACUGUUGAGCAAGUUAAGCUUGCAAGAGAUUCUACUCCAGUUAGUUCAGAAGAGAACCAAAUCAUGCCAUUUGUGAAGAGCUCCCCUAUCUGGAAAGCAAUUGAAUCAUUUGACGUAUUCAAAAAUAUGCCACAAAGUCCACAUUUUCGGCCCUUGAUAAAAUGUAAAGAGGAAUAUCGUGAGGGAUUUGCUAUUGGCAAUAUGGUGACCUUUUCCAGUUUGGUGGAGAAGAUAUCGAGUCUGCACUUUGAUGACCCUACACAGGUUUUUGAUAGCAUUUUGGAGAGUCUUCUGGACUUGGAAAAAUAUGGAUUCAAUGUUACCAUUUUACGUGGGCGUGUGAAUGAACUCUUGUCUAUCAAACAAAGGCAAGUACAGUUUGAGGGCGAAUCAAAAGAUGCGGAAAGUAAGAUAGUGGAGCAAACUCAUGAAAAAUCAAGACUUGAAGACGAGGCUGAUUGUAUCGAGAAAAGAAUAAUCGAAUUGAAGGAGAAACACACAUUGAUUAAGGCAGAUAUAGGGGCAAAAGAACGUGACAUUGUUAGCUUGCAGUUGUGUGCGGGUGCUUUCAAUGAAAGCAUUAAAAACGCACGUUCUGAUUUUGAAAAGGUAGCUCUGUCCCCUUUGAGAUAGGCCUUGAGAGUCUUAUCUACAUUGCACUCGACUGAGAUUUGGUAAAACUUCUUCAGAGAACGGAUAUCAAGCUUGCUAGGUAUCAGUUUCGAGACUUGUUCUUCUAUCUAGAUUUUAGCUUCGGGUAUCUAGUUCUGGUUGCAUAGUCAGGCAUCUUAAUGCAUUGGCUUGCUUAGAUUUUAACUUUCGUAAUGUUAUCUUUAGUUGCAUAGUCUGGUAGUUAGGAAUUGGAGUAGCCUAGAUUGUAAAAGUAGUAUUGUUAAAUUGCAGCAUUAGGAAAUGUUAUUGUAUUGGCCUGUUGGCCCACUCUCGCCAAAUGAAGAACCUGUAUUUAUUGUAGUGAGAUUCCAUUUACCAUA